AUGGAAAGCGAAGAAAAUGAAGGCUAUGAUGUUUCUCUACUCUACCUCGUUUGGAGCCAUUGUAUGUUGCCGCCGCCGCCGUGCCGCUCCUCGACUGUCUCC